AUGACGGCGACGCCGCGCGCGCCCGCGCCCGCUCCCCCGCCGGUUCAGGUCUUCGUCUUCGACGACCGCCUCGGGCAGAAGGAGGGCGACGAGCUCUCGAAGAUCCUCGCGCGGUUCCCGUCGCGCGUCCCGGACGACGCGCUCGCGUCGGACCUCGGCCUCGUCGAGGGCGUCGCGCGAUUCGCGUCGUACUUCGUCGCGCGUCGUAAAUCAUCGUCCGACGCCUCCGCCUCCUCCUCCUCCUCCUCCUCCUCGCGCGCUUCGCUCUUCGAAACGAAGACGCAGACGAUUCGCUCGCGACGCCGCCGAGUCACGUGCGCGUCGUUCGAGCCUAACCUGUGGUGGACGCUCGCGAUCGACGACCGCGUCGCGCCCGCGGAUGAGAUCCGCGACGCCGCGCUCGUCGAGCUCCUCGCGCGCGCGAACGAAUCGCACGUCUUGGUGCGUCCCAUACACUGGUCCCCAUACGACCCCGUUCGCGUGGUGAACGCCGAUCCUUAAGGACUUCGCCCGGCGCGUCUCUCCGCCCAGGGUCCCUCGCUUUCAAUCCCCGACCUCGACGCCUUUCAACUCCGCUUCUGACGCCUUUCAACUCCAGACGCGCGGCGAUCGCGCCACCGCGGACUCGCUAGCGGCGAUCGUCGCGGACCUCGGCGCGAGCCUCACGCCGUCCGAGGCGGGGUCGUCGCCGCGGACGGGCGGAGGCUUCGUCGGGGGACGACGCGCGGUCGGCCGCGCGGAGAGUGCCGGCGCCGCGGAUG